AUGGGUAUCGGCACAGGUCACAAGGCUGGCGGUAUUCGCGACGAUGCUCCAGACCUCGAAUUUUCGUAUCUUCGCUAUGGGAAGCACAAUCUCCACCGAGUCGGUGUCUGGGAACAGCGCAGACCGGCCAAGCCAAAUGCUACCUACUGGCUCAUAUUCAUCCACGGUGGAGCUUGGCGAGACCCUCGCAACAAGCCCACCGAUUUCGCUCCCUCCAUCCGGCAUCUGAUGACAGAUGGUAGUCUCCCCGAGACGGUCCGUGGAUUCAUCAGCAUAGACUACCGGCUCUCUCCGUAUCAAGACGAGUUUCCUCAGUGCCUAGACCAGACGCCCUCUUCAGAGCAGCGCACUGCGCAGCACCCGGACCACGCCCACGAUGCGCGCUCGGCCAUGGAUUUUCUCAGUCAACGAUUCGACCUCGGUGACAAGUACAUCCUCAUCGGCCACUCGGCUGGGGCCAUGCUGGCUUUCCAGCUGCUUAUGGGCAAUGCGCCGUGGCAAUUGCCAUCCAGCGUUCCUCUGCCCAAGCCCGCCGCCAUUAUUGGCAUAUCUGGCAUUUACGACCUUGUCAACUUGAACCGCCGUUAUGAUGGCAACUAUGCAGGCUUUAUAAGCAAUGCAUUUGGCGACGACCAGGAUAUUUGGAGCAGCGCUUCCCCGGCGCAGUACCACGACUCCUUUGCGCAGCCUCUCUUGCCCCGCGACACGCCGCUUGUGCUUGCCAUCUCACCCAGCGACGGCCUGCUCGAUCUGGCGGAGACGGCCGCUAUGGCUGACAAGCUCAGGGCCGACGGUUUCCAUCCCAUAGUCGUCGACGACUUGCAGGGCGAGCAUGACUUUGUGUGGCAGGAUGGAGCACAAAUCGCCAGUCUUGUGCAGGGUGUCCUGGCCGAGUUGAACUCGAAGUGA